AUGCGUACUACAUUCUCUGCGGCGGCAGCCGUCCUGGCAGCUCUUCAGCUGGUUCAGGCCCAGACCUUCACUGACUGUGAUCCCACAAAGAAGACCUGCCCCUCCAACCCUGGCCUAGGCACGACUCUCACGACCGAUUUCACCAAGGGCAAGAGUGAUGACUGGAAACUCGCGGAUGGAACCACCCUCUCUUACGAUGCCAAGAACGGUGCCAACUUCGAGAUCAAGACCAAGACCAACGCACCUACGAUUUCAAUGAACAAGUUCAUCAUGUUCGGAAAGGUCACCGUUGAGUUGAAGGCCGCCCCGGGAGCCGGAAUUGUGAGCAGUUUCAUCCUCGAGUCGGACGAUCUCGAUGAGAUUGACUGGGAGUGGAUCGGAUCUACCGAUACCUCCGUUGAGAGCAACUUCUUCGGCAAGGGCAACACGACCACCUACAACCGUGCCAUCUACCACGACAUGGCCGAUCCCCUCGGUUCCUUCCACACUUAUGAGAUCGACUGGACCAAGGAGUCGAUCAAGUGGAGCAUUGAUGGCAAAGUCGUUCGCACCCUACCAUACGAUGAUCCUCUCACCCUCGGCGGUGCCAACUAUCCUCAGACCCCUAUGCAGGUCAAGAUGGGCAGCUGGGUUGGAUGUGCCGAUGCCGCCGCCGCUGCGGACCCGAAGACCAAGGGUACCUGCGACUGGGCCGGUGGACCAGCUGAUUUCACCAAGGGGCCAUUCUCCCAAUUCGUCAAGUCUGUUACCGUCCAAGAUUACGGCUGCGGCGGUGAAUACACCUACGGCGAUUUGACCGGAAGCUACCAGAGCAUCAAGUCCUCCGGCAAAUGCGAUGGUAAGGGCAGCUCUGACAGCUCCAGCUCCGCCUCCAAGUCCGCCACCAGUACCAAGAACUCCAGCAGCUCUGCCUCAGCCAAGCCCACUGCCAGCGCCAACAGCACCAGCAGCGCUUCUCCCACUGGUUCCAACAGCACUACCCUGACCACCGCAACCCCAACUGGCGCCGGAGGAAACGGAAACUCCAACCCCACUGGUUCAGCAACCAACACUGCCGGUGGAGCAGCACAGACCAGCGCAAGCGCCGCCUCUUCCGUCAAGCCUCAACGCCAGUACGGAUUCUUGGACAUGUCCGUCAUGGCCUUGGGUCUCGGACUCGGCUACCUCGUCAUGUAA